AUGGAGGAUGAAAGGGAUUAUGGGCCAAAGCCGUUUAGGUUCUUAAAUGCUUGGUCGUUACAUACUAAGUUUCUGGAUGUGGUCAAGCAGAUGUGGGAGGCUUCAAAUGUCUCUGGGGGGGCUGGGUUUAUCAUUGCAACAAGACUUAGAUAUCUCAAGUUGGAAUUGAAGAAGUGGAAUAAUGAGGUAUUUGGCAAUGUUUCCUUCUCACUCAAAAAAGCUGAGGUGGAGCUUCAUGAGCUUGAUCUAUUGGCAGAGUUUAGAGAUUUGACAGAGGCUAAGAUAGUCAGGCGAAAGGAGGUAAAGAAAGAGGUGCAAAAUCGAAAUUUACUAAAUUCAAUUACAAUUGAAGGGGUACUCCAUGAGGAUCCCACUACGGUGAAACAGGAGGUGUUUAAGCAUUUUAAAGGUCUGUUCACUGAAAAUUGGAGGAAUAGGCCGAAGUUGAAGGGUCAAUUUAAAUCUAUUAGCCAUGACCAAGUGGCUGGAAAUUUGGAAGCAUCUUUUUCUGAAGAUGAGGUGUGGGUUGCUAUUAAGAGUUGUGAUGGAAAUAAGUCUCCUGGUCCUGAUGGGUUCAACCUGAUUUGCUUUCAGAAGUGCUGGGAAAUUUUAAAGUCUGAUGUCCUUCAAUUUUUCAAAGAAUUUUAUGAAAAUGGAAAAUUGGUGGCUGGUGUGAAUAAUUCUUUUAUCAGUUUGAUCCCAAAAAUUGAGUGCCUUACUAGUUUAUCAGAUUUUAGACCAAUUAGUCUUAUUGGGUCUUUGUAUAAGAUUGUAGCUAAGGUUUUGUCGCAUAGAAUCAAGAAGGUGAUGCCCAGGGUGGUUGGAGAGAUUGUAGCUAAGGUUUUGUCACAUAGAAUCAAGAAGGUGAUGCCCAGGGUGGUUGGAGAGUUGGGAGUGUUUGUUAUCUAUGAUGGAAAAGUUUGGGUUCAGGCAAGGUGGAGAGGUUGGGUCAAGGAGUGUUCAGCAUCGGCCAGAGUGUCUAUGUUAGUGAAUGGCUCCCCUACGACUGAGUUCAUUCUUGAAAAAUGCCUCAGGCAAGGUGAUCUGUUGUCUCUAUUCCUUUUCAAUUUGGUAGCUCAAGGUCUGAACAUGUUAAUGGAAAAAGCUAGAUUCCUAGGGCUAGUUAGGGGAGCUGUGGUGGGUAAAGAUGAAGUGGAGGUCUCACAUCUCCAAUUUACAGAUGAUACAAUAAUUUUUUGUGAAGCUAACAUGGAGGAGGUCAUGCUUCAUGUAUCUAUGGCUAAGGUAAUAGAAAGGAUUCAAGCAAACUUUCUCUGGGGAAGGUCUGAAUUGAAGAGAAAAGUCCACUUGGUCAGCUGGUUAGAAGCAACCAAAAGUAAAGAGAAUGGAGGGUUGGGUAUUAGAAGAAUUAAGAAGGUUAAUGUUUGCUUUUUGGCCAAAUGGUUGUGGAGGUUCGGGGCUGAAUCAAACACCUUGUGGAAAAGAAUAUUGUGUAGCAAGUAUGGGUCAAUGGGUGGGAAUUGCCUGCCUAUUAUGACUCUCACUAGUAAUUAUUCAAAAAUCUGGACUCGAAUCAUUAGCAGAGGUCAAUCAAAUCCUCAGCUUUUGAGUGUUUUUUUGGAUAAUAAUCAAGUGGUGGUGGGUAAUGGGAGCAGAAUCCAUUUUUGGACUGAUUACUGGAUGGGGCCAUGCUGUGUUAAGAAUGAAUUUCCUAGGUUGUUUAGUCUAUCAACAGAAAAUGAGGUGUCUCUGAGAUUGGUGGUCUAG